AUGCCGGAUUUCUCGAAUAUGCCACAUCUGGAAACGUUGGAGUUCUCCUACUGUGCAUCUUUAGCUGAAGUUCAUGAAUCCAUUGGACAGUUGACAAAAUUGAAGUACCUAAUAUCUCACCAAUUUCUGAAUUUGGAGAAGUUGCCCGAUGCCAUUUGUCAAUUAACUUUACUUCAAACUCUUCACAUAAAACAAUUCCCAAGACUUGAAUCUCUACCAGAGCGGUUGAGGAACUUGAACUUGUUGAAUACGCUUGAACUUGAGGAGUUGGCAAUCACAAGUAUACCUUCUUCAAUUGGACAGCUAAUAAAGCUCCGUGAGAUGUAUUUGAGGAAGUUAGAUAGGUUGCCGAGUUUGCCUGAUUCAGUUAGUAGUUUGAAUUAUUUGCAAUUAUUCAAUGUUGAAGGCACCGACCUAAAAGGAAUUAAGAUAGACGGUGUGGAUCUCAUGGACAUUGAACGAUUGGAGAUCUCAUCAUGCAACUACCUUACUGUUUUGCCUGCUUCUUUCUUGAAGAAAGCAAGAUCUCUCUGUGUCACUGAUGGCACAGCUAAAGAGUUGCCAGAAUCCAUAGAGGCAGUGGAAAACAUUGAGCAGUUGUCAUUGAGAUGCAAGAAUCUUAUGGCCCUACCAGAUUGGCUUCCAUAUCAAAAGAACCUUGAGACCUUUGAAGCGGAUUGUGAAUCUCUCACACCGAUCAAUAAGAACUUCUCAUUGGGGAGCAUUGAAUCAUUGUCACUAUGUUGUGCCGUCCUCGAAGAGCUACCUGCAGCCAUGGCUGAAAGCUUUGUUGAAAACCUAAAGUCAUUUACUUUGAGAUGCAAGAACCUCAGAGCUUUGCCCGAGUGGAUCGGAUCACUUAAGAACCUCAAAUUUUUAAAGUUUGAGGCUUGUCAGUGCAUCACAGAACUGCCAUUGUGCAUAAGCAACCUUUCUCGACUUGAAGAACUUUCAUUAAACGGUUGCAAGAGGAUCCGUGACUUAGGGAAGACACUGGAUAUUUCAAACUUGAAAUCUUUGGAGAAGUUACGCCUCGGUGGUUGUCGGCUGCUUGAAGAUGUUCAAGGCAUUGAGAAUGCCACUCAAAACAUGGAAGAGUUAGUCUUGCCAGGACCCUACGAUUCCAUCGGUUGCAGCUGCCUCAGUAAUGACUUCAAAGAGCAAGUUUUCAAGGAACUAGCAUUGGAGCCAUAA